AUGGGUUCCAAGAAUCUCGCCAACUAUGCCAAAUGUGUCAUCACCGAUUACGACGGCGAUUCGUCGGAGAUUCAGCGAUCCACGUCACCACAAGCAACACCAGCAGAAGCCGAAGUCACAAAGUAUCUGCCGUGGCCGCGCACCGUAAUUCCAUCGUCAGGUCAUCACGAGCAACAGCACGCCGAGCGAAAGACAAAAAAUAAACCGAAUACCGCAGCAAUGAUGGCCACCAACACCGUCGAUAUGCAGCAAUUGCUGAUGUCGAUCGAUCCGACCAACGGCAAUCAGGAGUUGUUCAAUCAGAUGAGCAAAGGUGCGAUGGUCACGUCGGGCGGAAGCGCCAGCCCGUCGUUAUUGGCGUCGUCCGGCGCGCCGUCGUCGUCGUCGAUCGCCAACGAAGGACGGAUGAGGUGUGACGGCGGCGGCGACGAAGAGAAGGAGGCGUUGAAUGGCGGCGGUGCGAAUCCAUGGCUCAGUCUUCUCCUUCAACAGCAACAGCAGCAACAGCAGAAUAGUCAGAAGAAUGAAGUGAUGGAUAUCAUGCAGCACGCGAAUCCGCAAAUUUUGGAGUUGCUCGCCCAAAACGGAAACGUCGACUUCACGCAGCUCGUCGGCCAACUCGCCGGACGGCGGAACGCCGCCGACGAGGCAUCGGCGCGAGACGGUUCGAUAUCGCCGAAAAUGGUGGCGUCGACGUCCGAUGAUGGCGAAGUGCCGCCGGCGAAGAAGACGAAAAUCACCGAUGAGCCGACGACGACGACGUCGCAACCACAGCAGCCGGCUGCCGAGAACUCACUUAUCAAAUCGGCGUUCGACAAUCUCCUUCUGGCUCAGAUGUCGUCGCUGACCUCGCAGCUUCCACAACAUCAACAACAGCAGCAGCAGCAGCAGGCGAGUAAAGCCGAUGAGAGCGCCGCCGACGAGCCGUCGUCGUUUAAAUGCCACGAGUGCGACAAAGAGUUUGAGAACGUCGCAUUUUUGGAGCAGCACAAACUCGCGCAACACACCAAUUUGAUGGCGCAACGACUGUUCGGCGGUCUGUUCCCGUCGUCGAUCAGCGGCCUCCCGUUGAUGUUCCAAUCGCCGCUUCAUCAGCAGUUCACCGGAAUGCAGGAUUUCGAUUCGCCGCUCUCAUCGAUCUCAACGCCGAAAAUCGCCGGCGUCAAACGGCAAUAUUCAUCGAACGGCAAAAAUUAUUGCGAUCUGUGCAACAAGGAGGUGUGCAAUAAGUACUUCCUUCGAACGCAUAUGCUCAAAAUGCAUCGGAUUGUGAUCGAUGAGAACAAGACGGUGAUCGCCAACAUCGACACGCUCGAAGGCGAACGAAUGGGCGGAUUGUCGUUUCGAUGCGACACGUGCUUCACCGAGUUCAAGUCGCGCAAUCAGCUGCGUCAGCACAAGCAGGACGUUCACGGUGUGAUGCCGUUGUCGACGCCGCGAAGCGCCAACAAGGCGUCGGUGCCGUCGACGCCGACGUCGACGUCUGCGCCGAUCGACGAGAAGUGCCAAUUGUGCGACAAACGGGUUCCGACGAUUAUGAUGAGCCUCCACAUUCAGCAGGAGCAUUUGAGCGGCGGCCAGAUUGGCGAGAUGGCGCCGGAUUUGUCGCAAAUCAUGGCGGUGUUGAAUCAGGCGACGCGCGGUCAAUCGAACGAUUCCGACGAGAACGCGGCGAUCAGCACGUCGAAAGCCGACGAUCCCAACAUUCUCAAGUGCACACGAUGUCAGUACACGACGUGGGAGGCGAAGAAUCUCGAGAUGCACCAGGAGCGUCACGAGCCGAUGAACGACGUGAAGCGACGCGGCUCCGACGACGACGAGGACGACGCGAUGAAGUUGACGAAAGAGGCGGCGCUCAAAAUGGUGGUUCGCAAUCAGUUCGACACGUCGGACGGCGCCGACGCGUUGAAUCUGACGAUUCACAAGUCGAUGAAGAAGGAUCAAGAAGAGGAGAAGUCGGGUGGAGCGCAGCACGAGAGAAACUCGCAUACGAGCGGCUCAAUCUCGCCAUCGGGUGAAUCGCUUCCAGAAGGUUUCGGCAAGCCGAUCAACUCGGAAAAAUCAUUUCCGCUUCAGACGUUCAUCGUGAGAAGCAACGACGAGAAAGGCGCCUUUUUGGGAGAAUUCCUUAUUCAAAUACCGGUUCGAAAUAUGGUCGACGGGCCGCGACGAAUGGUGUUCGAUCUUCUGCCAACCGGACCAUCCAACUAA